AUGACGCCGGACGAGUUCCGGAGGCACGGCGCGGAGCUGAUCGAGUUCAUCGCGCGGUACUACGAGACUCUUUCCGCGGGGGGCGGUGAGCGCCGCGUGCUCUCGGAGGCGGAGCCGGGGGACGUGUUCAACGCGGUCCCCCCGGAAGCGCCGGAAGUCGGCGAGGACUUCGCGCACGUGAUCUCGGAGAUCGACCGCGUCGUGAUGCCGGGGAUCACCCACUGGCAGUCGCCCGGGUUCUUCGGCUACUUCCCGGCCAGCGCGACGUUCCCGGCGAUCCUGGGCGAGCUGCUCAGCGCCGGGCUGGGGGUGCAGGGGAUGCUCUGGCAGACCUCGCCCGCGUGCACCGAGCUCGAGACGCGGAUGCUGGACUGGAUGGGGCGGGCGAUCGGGCUGCCGGAGGCGUUCCUGUCCGAGGGUGACGGCGGGGGUGUGAUCCAGGGCACGGCGAGCGAGGCGGCGCUGGUGGCGAUGGUCGCCGCUCGACAGCGGGCGCUGGACGAUCGGGGUGUUGAAGAGACCGAUCGGGCGGCGCUCAACGGCAGGCUCGUCGCGUACGCGAGCGAGCAGGCGCACAGCUCGAUCGUGAAGGCGGCGAUGGUGUGCGGGAUCGGGCGCUCGAACGUGCGGCUCGUCGGGACGGACGGGAACCUCGCGAUGGACGCCGAGCGGCUCCGGGCGCAGGUCGAGGAGGACGCCCGGGCCGGGCUGAUCCCGUUCUUUGUGUGCGCGACGCUGGGGACGACAUCGACGGGCGCGAUCGAUCCGCUGGCCGAGAUCGUCCGUAUCGUCCGGCCUACUCCUUCCGGGGGCGGGGGGUGGGUGCACGUGGACGGGGCGUACGCCGGUGCCGCGCUGGUGUGCCCGGAGCACCGGGGGAUGAUCGAGGGGGUGGAACUCGCGGACUCGUUCAACUUCAACCCGCACAAGUGGCUGCUCGUGAACUUCGACUGCUCGUGCCUGUGGGUGCGGGACCGCGCGGCGCUGGUGAACGCGCUGUCGAUCACGCCCGAGUACCUGCGCAACACGCAGAGCGACGCGAAGGCGGUGAUCGACUACCGCGACUGGCAGGUCCCCCUCGGGCGCCGGUUCCGGGCGAUGAAGCUGUGGUUCGUGAUGCGUCACUACGGGCUCGAGGGCCUGCGGGCGCACAUCCGCGAGCACGUUCGCCUGGCGGAACUCUUCGAAUCCUGGGUGCGGGCGGACGAUCGGUUUGAGAUGGUCGCCCCUCGGUCGCUCUCGCUGGUGUGCUUCCGCCUGAAGGCGGGCGACGGGGCGACGCGGUCGCUCCUCGAGAAGGUCAACGCGACGGGCGAGGUGUUCGUGACGCACACGGUGAUCCCGUUCGCGGGGGGCGGGGGGGAGCCGGUGUACGCCAUCCGGUUCGCCGUCGGCGCGGUCACGGUGACGGAGGCGGACGUCGCGCGGGCGUGGGAGAUCAUCACGGCGCACGCGACCUAG